UACAUUUUUGGGGCUGCCUCUCGGGCUUCCAGCCACACCGCCGUGCUAGCUCCUCAUAAUGCCAUCUCUCUGCUUUCACUGCCUCCAGCUCUGCUUUGGGGAGGCAAUUUUCUCCUGGCUGUUCGCAGGGUCCUUUACCGUUCAAAAUCUCCUCCCAAGUCCAUUUCUCCAAAUAUCGCUGCCUCUCCUGCUGCUGCUGCUGCUGCCUGUUACCACGCUGCUUGGUCCUCGGUUGGUGGGUGUUUCUGUAGCGGCUGUCUUGGGUAGAAGAAGCAGAGGACCAAAGCGCAGCGUGAUCAACCAGAUCCUCCCUCAGAGAUCUGCCUGGUCAGCUUCACCCAUGCCUCUGCAACUCUAGAAUGGAUCCCAGGCUUCGAUGGGGGAUUGGAGCAGAGAUUCCAUAUCAGGUUAGAGUCCAUCCAUGUACUGACUAAGAUGCUGUUGAUUGACAGCUACCAUUGGGAGCAAACAUCUUCAUUGUGACAGGCCUGUCCCCCGCCACUACAUACAACUUUUCUAUCAACGCACUCAACUCCAUGGGAGAGAGCGGCUAUGCAGACAACAACUCAGUACACACCAUCACCAGCGAGGAGUGGGAAGGAGCAAUCCAGGAAGAAGAUCCCUUUGGGGAGGACACGAGAGGGUUGUCGCUGUAUCAGACUGUGAUCAUGGCGGUGGUUGGUGGGGCUCUGCUGCUGGCUCUCAACUGGCUGGGCUGCUUUCUGUGUCUGAGGUGGAAGAAGAGGCGUGGCCAGACAGAGAGUAAAGGCAGUGUUUCAGAUGGGAAGAAGAGUGAAGGUAAUGGGUUCACUGUGUUCACUGCCAGCGGCUCCACCAGGUACGAGGUCAGAGGGCUGGUGAACCCUGCGGGUUCAUCGACAGCGGGUCAGAACCAGACAGCAGCGUAUAUGGGUGCUAUGCUGGGGAGAGCUCCCACUACUACUACCCCACCAGUGACUACUGCCCCUCUCUCUACCCCCACCCCGAGGGAGCACAAGGGCAAGAUGGCCGCCACUACCCACUGGAGGCCAUAGGCCAUGAGUAUGAGGAGGUGAGAGACUGGGGCAUGUAUCAGGACAUGCUGUAUCAGGACAUGCUGGGGUUGUCUCUCCCACUGUCUCCUUCCCAGUUUGACCCCUGGUUACCAGAGCAGAGGCGAGAGUGGAGACCACCCCCACCCAGUUACCCUCAGGGAAGUGGGAGGGACAUGAUUGCCCUGCAGCAGCCAAUCAGAAGGAAGAAUCCGGUGGAUGAGCGAUGCCCAGAGAGAAGCGACUAUGAUUUACCUUUUGAGCUCAGAGGACAGUUAGUUUAGGAAGCUUAGGCCUUGAUUCCAGACUGUGGACAAUACCUCAGACUCAAAUACAACCUCUUAGUGCUGUGUUGGUAUUGAGUACAAUAUGAAUAGGAAGCCUUCCAACUGUUACUACCAAAAGGUACAGUAUUUACAGUAGGUGAUAUUGUGGGACAGUCAAUCAAUACAAAUUAGGCCUACCAUCGAUCCAAAGACCUCAAAGAUAUAAAAUGUAAAAGAUGAAGCAACUAAACAUGCAGAGUUUUUCGUACAUAUUUUCUAGUAACAGUUGAUUAUACUCUACUGUACAAAUAAAAUGGAUAAUCUAGGCCUAGGCCCAACUGA